ACAUGGCAGAGGCUGCAGUCAGUCUUCCCUUCAAAAACUUGGAAUGAUUUCAAAUCAUAGGCACCUUCACUUAACCCGAGCUCCCAUUCAUCAGCAAACACAUCGGAUCGAUGCUACUCUAACCUAUCGGGUUCUUGCACCACACAUUCAGGUUAAAUGAAUACCUGACGAAAGGGCCCACGUUUCAAGGCAGUGACAUUUGAUAGCUGAGAGGAAAAGUGGCUUUAAUGAAAAGCAACCUUUGGAAUUCCUGCUUGUGAGAAAUCCAAUUCAGCUUUUUGUGCUGCCAGCAAGAAAUGAUCAGUAGCACCAGUGUUUAUGGCUUGAAGAUGCAGUGGACGCCGGAGCAUGCCCAGUGGCCAGAACAGCACUUUGACAUCACCUCGACCACUCGGUCUCCUGCCCACAAAGUUGAAGCCUACCGUGGUCAUCUGCAGCGCACCUAUCAGUAUGCUUGGGCCAACGAUGACAUAUCUGCUUUGACUGCUUCCAAUCUGUUAAAAAAGUAUGCAGAGAAGUAUUCUGGAAUUCUUGAAGGCCCAGCCGAGCGGCCUGUCCUCAGCAACUACACGGAUGCACCUUCGGGCUUGGUGAAUGGGCGGAAGAAUGAAAGUGAACCUUGGCAGCCUUCAUUGAACUCAGAAAGCGUGUAUCCCAUGAACUGUGUUCCAGAUGUUAUCACAGCCAGCAAAGCUGGUGUCAGUACAGCUCUCCCUCCUGCAGAUGUCUCUGCCAGUAUCGGGAGUUCUCCUGGGGUGGCCAGCAACCUGACAGAACCUAGUUACUCUAGCAGUACCUGUGGAAGUCACACAGUACCUAGUCUCCAUUCAGGGCUACCAUCUCAGGAAUAUGCCACAGGAUACAAUGGAUCAUAUUUGCAUUCGACAUACAGCAGCCAGCCAGCACCUGCACUUCCUUCCCCUCAUCCAUCCCCUUUGCAUAGCUCGGGCCUCUUACAGCCACCACCACCUCCUCCUCCACCACCAGCCCUGGUCCCAGGCUACAAUGGGACUUCUAACCUCUCCAGUUAUAGCUACCCCUCUGCUAGCUAUCCUCCUCAAACCUCUGUGGGACCUGGCUACAGCCCAGGUGGUGCACCUCCUCCUUCAGCGUACCUGCCUUCAGGAAUUCCUGCUCCUACCCCUCUGCCCCCUACUACUGUACCUGGCUACACCUACCAGAGUCAUGGCUUGACACCUAUUGCCCCCUCGGCUCUGACAAACAGUUCAGCAAGUUCUCUCAAACGGAAAGCCUUCUAUAUGGCAGGGCAAGGAGAAAUGGACUCCAGUUAUGGAAAUUACAGCUAUGGCCAACAGAGAUCUACACAGAGUCCUAUGUACAGAAUGCCCGACAACAGCAUUUCAAACACAAACAGGGGGAAUGGCUUUGACAGAAGUGCUGAAACAUCAUCCUUAGCAUUUAAGCCAACAAAGCAGCUAAUGUCCUCUGAACAGCAAAGGAAAUUCAGCAGUCAGUCCAGCAGGGCUUUGACACCCCCUUCAUACAGUACUGCUAAAAAUUCCUUGGGAUCCAGAACCAGUGAAUCCUUUGGGAAGUACACAUCCCCAGUAAUGAAUGAGCAUGGGGACGAGCACAGACAGCUCCUCCCUCACCCAAUGCAAGGCCCAGGACUCCGUGCAGCUACCUCAUCCAACCACUCUGUGGACGAGCAACUGAAGAAUACUGACACACACCUCAUUGACCUUGUAACCAAUGAGAUUAUCAACCAAGGACCUCCAGUGGACUGGAAUGACAUCGCUGGCCUCGACCUGGUAAAGGCUGUCAUUAAGGAGGAGGUUUUAUGGCCCGUGUUGAGGUCAGAUGCUUUCAAUGGACUGACUGCCCUACCUCGGAGCAUCCUUUUAUUUGGGCCUCGGGGAACAGGCAAAACAUUAUUAGGUAGAUGCAUAGCCAGUCAGCUGGGGGCUACGUUUUUCAAAAUUGCUGGUUCCAGUCUAGUCACCAAGUGGUUAGGGGAAGGAGAGAAAAUCGUCCAUGCCUCCUUCCUCGUGGCCAGGUGUCGCCAGCCCUCGGUGAUUUUUGUUAGUGACAUUGACAUGCUUCUCUCUUCUCAAGUGAGUGAAGAGCACAGUCCGGUCAAUAGGAUGAGAACCGAGUUCCUUAUGCAGCUGGACACUGUACUAACUUCUGCUGAGGACCAAAUAGUAGUAAUUUGUGCCACCAGUAAACCAGAAGAAAUAGAUGAAUCCCUUCGGAGGUACUUCAUAAAACGACUUUUAAUCCCGCUUCCUGACAGCACAGGGAGGCACCAGAUAAUAGGACAACUGCUCUCACAGCACAAUUACUGUCUCAAUGACAAGGAGUUUGCACUGCUUGUCCAGCGCACAGAAGGCUUCUCUGGACUAGAUGUGGCUCAUUUGUGUCAGGAAGCAGCAGUGGGCCCACUCCAUGCCAUGCCAGCGACAGACCUUUCAGCCAUUAUGCCCAGCCAAUUGAGGCCAGUUACAUAUCAAGACUUUGAAAAUGCUUUCUGCAAGAUUCAGCCUAGCAUAUCUCAAAAAGAGCUUGAUACAUAUGUUGAAUGGAACAAAAUGUUCGGUUGCAGUCAGUGAUAAUUUUGCUUUUUCUUUCUUUCCUUUUUUUUUAAAUGUAAUGAAUGUUGGCACACACACACACAAAACCUGCUACAUAGGGUAGAGAACCCCUUUUCAGUAGUGUUCAAAUUGCAAAGGGUACUGGGGGAGAUGACAAUGAUGUUGCAUCUUUAGAGUCAGGGUAAACUUGGAGGAAAAGUGCAUCAAACGAGAGCUGCUGAUCUGAAAAGCCCCAGAUGACAGGAAGCGUGUGUUGAUGCUCAGUUCUGUUCAAGCCAGACACCACUCACCAAGGAGCAAGGUGCAAGUGGGUUGAUUUCAGAAGGACGUGAACCCCGUGUGUUGAUUCUAUUCUGCUGUUCUCGAGAUUUAGUUGCUGUCAAGUGCCUGGAGUGGUGCUUUUUUUUUGUUUGCCUCACAAUUACAUUGGUGGCAUGUGCUAAUAUAAAGAGCUUUAACUUCAAACAUUAUUGGACUAAAGAGAUGAACGGUUGUGUUGCGACAGAGAACCAGAUUUUUGCCAUUCUAAGAGCAACAGUAUUCCUCAAUCCUGUCUGUUCUGCGGUAUUAAGCUAAGAACAGGUAAAACAGGGUAACGGUAAUCUGGACCUUAAUUUCUGCAGUUCAUUUCUUUUAAUGUUCUGUCUGCAAAAACUCAGGAAAGUGAUUGUGAUUUGUACAGUACCUCAAAGGAAUGUGUUGAAAGCACUAUGUACUGCUGAGAGUUAUAGGCUAGGCUUCAAUGUUACUUUAUAUUAAAUAUGUAUGUUUACCUCAACAAUUGGAAAAUGGAAAGGAAAAUUAUUUUGAAUGUAUCCAGGAAAAUACUGAAGUGUGAUAUGACUGAAUCUUUGCAGUUUAAAGUAGAAAAUAGAAGGGUUUCUUUAAAAAAAAAUGGUUCUUUUACCAAUUUGGGAAUAAAACCAGAGCAGAAUAAUUCUCUUUAUGUCAGUAAACUAUAAGAGUUCUUAGUACAUUGCUCCUUGAUAAUUAAGUGAUAUGGUUCUUAAAAGAUAAUACUGGUGAAGGAAAGCCACUUACUCCGUUUAUGUUAGCAUCUGGAAACAAUCAACCACGAGAUCUGUUAGGACUUUAAAAGGCAUAUUACCUAAAAACUAUGACUGCCUUUUACUGCAUAAGUGGUGGUCGUGGUAGUUUUGAAGUUAUUUGUUAAACCUGUUGGGAAUGGCAACAUUCUAGCUCACGGAUAUAGCUUAUGGGGUUGCAGUGCUGCUUGUAGAAUGCAGUCAAUGGCGGCCAAAAAUAGAAAAACACCUCCCCCUCAACCCCCCACAAACAAAUACAGACAAAAUGACCCCAUGCAAACCCUCAAAGUUAUGGGGAUUUACUCCUCACACACACUUUGGCUCCAUUUUUUGUCAGUAUAUUUUCAUUAUGCUUUUGAAAUCUCUCCUGGGCUGGAGUGUUCCCGCCAUUAUUUCUACCUCAGUUUUGUUACAUUUCUCUUUGAAGAUAAGUAGAAAAGUAUACCUGGACAUGUGCACGUGUGCAAAUACACAUAGAACUUGCCAAACUAAUUUCUAUUUCCUCCUGAGCUUCUUUCCCUUUUAAGCCAAGUUUCUGGAAAGAUCCAUUUCCGCUGUUACAUCCACCUCAACCACACUUUCCAUGGAGUGUUUCCUCAUGGAAAGACCAACUGGCACGUGUGGCAUUUUGCUCAGUUCCUUACUCCUUCCCUCUAGCCCACAAUGGCAUUCUCCUUAUCUUUUAAUAGUUUAUAUGCAGGAGCAGCAGCUGCUUGUUGACUGCUGACUGAUGCUGGGCAAUGCCUCUGAACAGGAGCAGUGUAGGCUAUAACUUUUCCAAACCCACUGCCACUAACAUGAGCAGAAAAGCUUGGCUUUUUGAAUGUAAUGGGGGGGGGGUAUUUUAAAGAGACAGUAACAAAACUGUUGCAAAGCACUGGCAUUUGAUGUUUUUAUUAAGUAAUGUACCUUCAAAAAUAAAUAAAUAAAUAAAUGCACUAAAAAGCCCCAAGAAGAUAAAUAUCUGUUACUAGAUUUUUUUUGUCAUUUCAAAAUUUAUGUAAAGAUCUCAUUUGGAGUCUUAAUUCUCUGAAACAUUUAACAUUUAGAAAGCUAAUGAGGGAUUUCAUGAGAUUUCUGGAAUUUUAUGAUACUUGAUCGUUGCUUUCCUUUUUCUUUUCUCAUAUGACUAAAAACAGAGCAAAUGAACCAAAAUUUAAUUUACUAUGACAUUUUGUCAAUUAAAACUGUGUUUAAACAUGAAAAUUCCAUAUUAAAAACAGUGCCUUUCAUUAAGGGUAGAGAAAAUACCAUUUAAAUAGAUCAUCUGCUUUUCUGCAAGUGACUCAACUAUACAAUCGUGUUCUGGCUCCACACUGCGCUUCCCUCAUAGGAGGGAAAUUCCAACAUCCCCAUUAGCUUGUAGGUUCAUAUUGAUCUCACUGACAAGUUUACUAUUGCAGAGUGCUGACCUAUUUUCUGUCUUUUAGACAUUGCGUUUCAUUUCUGUCAUCACGCUGUGCUCACUUGAAAGGUUCUGCCAAGUUUUGACAAACCUCCUUUGAUUUAAACCACUUUGGAAAAAUGUGUAAUACUGACCCCUUUUGUGACUAGUAAGAGUUAAUGCCAAAUAUGGGACUGAAUUAUGGUAUUUUUUGCUUUUGUUCAAAAACUGAAAUGAAGUUAUGGGCAGGCAUUUGGGCUUCUAGCUUUAAAUUUCUCCUUUAGAAAUCUGAAUCUGAAAUCAAUUAUUAAGAUUGGUCAAAAAUUGGUCAAAAACCUAUCUCUUUUGGCAAAAAAGCUGAAAUAAUUUGUAAGUUCCAGUUAUCCUCAGAUUUCUAGGAUUUGGGCUCUCGGAAAUUGUACAUGCUGUAGAAAUGAAGAUCUUGGGAAAAGGGGUGUGUAUGAAACAGCUGACCUGUGAGCUGUCCUCUAAAAUUCUGAUUCAUGAUGCUGUUCAUAGAUGGGCUUCAUAAUUUUCUGCCUAUCCCUUCUGGAAGUAGGUACACUACCUCUAAGGAAGUGAUUAGGAACAAUUAGUGGUGGUCAAAUCACAAUAUUCAGACUACACAGAGUUGGGUUCCUUUUUGGCUGCUACGGACUUGAAGAAGGCCACUAAUGAAUGUAAGGUAAUGAGCCAGUCCAUAAAACAACUCUGCCUAUGCUGAAUGGCCAAGUGAUUGAGCCAGUCUGAUUAUCUGAUUAAUAGCCCCUAAUAAUGCUCUUCUUCACAAAUACAAUAACAAUUACAACACACACACACACACACACACACACGCACGCACCCCACCCUAAAAACAAAAGGGAAGUGGAAGAUCAUUGGUUCAGAAGAUCCCAAAGGAAAAAUAAAGAUUCAAGUGGUAGUUGAUAAUGACCUUAUAUGUGACAUAGAUGAAAACACUCUACACUUCUAGCAUGCUUCUCUCCAAAAUAUUUAGAACAUUAGUGACAAUAUUGAAAACUUUGCUGACUGAGCUGAUCAAUGGGAUGUGAAGGCAGUUUACUUUAAGGCUAUUUACUUUCACACAGAAUGUUUAUCUAUUAGUCAGUUUGUAUUCCACUCAAAUGCAGAUAGACGGGUAUAAUGUUUUCUUGUGCGUUUCAAACCCAUCAAGGAGAAAAUAAACCAUUCUACUAAAAUACAUAGGCCAAACACCAUCUGGGCAAGUGAUAGCAGCUAUCCAGAGGCUAUGCUAUGUGAAACAGUAUAAGGUCAUUUUACAUGGGUUUGCAUAGUACUUGCCUAUGCAGUUUUCAAAAUAAGAUCAUCCAUUCUCAAAACCCAAAUUAAUUCUUGUGAUAGGUUUUUGUAAAUUUAAAUAUAUAUGUAUGUGUUUAGGGCCCAAUUUGGGGGAAGCAUUUAGCAAUUCCAUUCUUUGAAAACACAUACAACUUUAAGCAAAAAGUGAUUCUCUAAUUACAUUUCCAUAUGUUUCCUCUGAGCCAGAAUUGAGGUGUCAUGAUCACUGAAUCUAUAUUCUGCAAAAUGAAAGGGAACACAGUUUAUCGAGCUGUUGAGGUCACCAAAAUAAAGUUCUAAUAUAUAAUCAAUCUGUGUGUAUGUUUGCGUGAGUAUGUGUGCCAGUCUGCACCACUACCACUUUGAAUCUGAAAACCGACAUUUUACAUUAUUCACAAGCAGCAGGUAUACUCUUUCAUUGUUUGUGUGUAUGCACAUGUGUGUGUGUGUAUAAUGUAUUCUAGCUACACAUAAACACACUUCACAAGUCAAAGUAUUUAAAUACCUAUUUUUUUCUUUUGAAAUGUAAACGCCUUCCAUUGUUGAAUCACCUGCCGAUUUUUAUAUGAAGCACAUUAGCAAACAUGGAGCUAUUAGUAUUUCAGAAUUCAAAACCAGCUGUACUUGUGACUAACCAACACAUGAACUGAAGCUCACACUCUGCUAAGACCUUUGGUUGACAUUCGAUUUUGAACCUGCCAGAUGCAUUUGUGUGAACCAGGGAUACUGCAUCUUUAAUGAACAAGUCUCUCCUCUUUCCCCUGUUUUUAAAUACAACACAAGCAGUGUAGCACUAGGCACUGCAAUUGUCAAAGACAAUUAGACUGAAAGCAGGAAAAUUUCACCUCCCUGUCUCAGUGAUAUGUAGGAUGUCGGCAGCAUGGGUCAGCCUUGCCACAGAGUUGUGGGAGAAUAUAUGAAUCAGUCCUAUAGAAUGUUAAAUAUUUAUAAAAUGGUUCUGUAGUACACCAAGGUUGGGAGCACAUUCAUUCCUUCUUGUUGUCUUAUGAUAUAAAAAGCAAAAGUUUAUUUCCAGACUUAAAACUUUGUGUGUGUGUGUGUGUGUGUGUGUGCACGCGCAUGAGUGCGUGCACAUAAGUAUGUGUGCGUGUGUAAUUUUUCUCGUGAUUUAUAUACAGUUGCUAGGGAAUUUUUGCAUUUCUUUUUUUUCUUUUAUUUUUUCCCCAUUGGAUGUAUAUUCAAACAUUGUUCUUUAUAA